CUGGCUUUCCACACAUCAGUAUGCUGAGAUUAAAAAAAUAGUGUCUGUUAUGAAUUCUUCUCAUGUUGAUAAGAACAUUAAAUACCUCAAAUGUUUGAUUUGAAGAAAGAAUGGAGCAUCUCCUUUGCAGGAUGCGGGUUUAUGGGGAUUUACUAUAUUGGUGCCACCAGCUGUAUCCUUGAACGGUUCCCUCGCUUCAUACAAGAUGCCUCUAAAAUCUAUGGAGCCUCUGCAGGGGCUUUGACGGCUGCUGUUCUUACUUUGGGAAUACCUCUAGAGAAAUGCUGCGCUGACUUGAUGUCAAUAGCCAAAGAAGCCAGGAAGCACAGACUGGGACCCCUGCACCCAUCUUUCAAUCUGCUUCAGAGAGUGCAGGACACUCUGCUGACCCAUCUGCCAGAAGAUGCCCAUGUUCGAGCCUCAGGGAAGCUCGGCGUGUCCCUGACCAGAGUGUCUGAUGUGAAGAAUGUACUAGUAUCAGAGUUUGAUAGCAGAGAAGAGCUCAUUCAGGCUCUCAUAUGCAGCUGCUUUGUCCCUUUUUACUGUGGCAUUAUUCCACCCACAUACCGCAGAGUGCACUAUGUGGACGGUGCUGUCACUGACAACCUGCCUGGCUAUCACCUGAAACAAACAAUCACAUUCUCACCAUAUGCUGGCGAGAGUGACAUCUGCCCCCAAGCAAGUACUCUAAACUUCCAUAAGGUGCACUUCAACAAUAUCAGCAUCCAGCUGAACUCAGAGAACCUGUACAGAGUGACCAGCACCUUCUUCCCACCCGAGCCUGAGGCAAUGGCUGAAAUCUGUCACAAUGGCUACAAGGAUGCUCUUCGCUUUCUGCAAGAAAACAAUCUAAUCAGCAGUGAAUGCCCCAUGAGAAGUCUGGCGACUGAUACAUCUAAACAUAUUUGUUGUGAAGUGGUGAAGGAGUCCAGUGUUAAGGCACAGCAGCGCGGACUGAACACGCUUGAGGAAGGUCACUGGUGGCUGGAUCCACACCUUAUAGAGAACCUCUCAGUUAACAUUCAAAAGGUGCUGUGUGAGGCCUGCAGAGAGACACGUACUGCUGGUGGUCUGUUCUCCUAUAUGACUGAGUACCUGCCAAGGAAAGUGACUUCUUACCUGCCGGUCCCCUAUUCUCUGCCUGUUGACUCGGUCAGCUCUCUAGCCCAGAGAUUAGUCUACUGGAUUCCAGAUCUACAGAGGGACAGGAGCAGUGUCAUGUCCUGGGCCGGUGGCCCAGUGCUCUAUGGCAUGGUUGGAGACAUAUACAAACAAGCACUAAAGGAUGACAAGGAAGACAGUGACAGUAAACCACCUCUGCACAGAUCUACAAGCCUGCCAUUAGCCCUGAACCUGUGCAGUGACAGAAAAGGAGACAAAAAUUCUUCCUCAGAAGCCACUUUCACCUCCAGCCAUACCUUCAUCUCUAACACGCACAGUACAUCGGACCACGUGCUCCUGACUCCACCCACCAGCAACGCAGGCUCUGGGUUUGAUGAAGCCACCCUGAGGUCACGUCAAAGUGCAGAUACCUACCUUUUGGUAAAACCUACCAAUGAAGGGUGUUCCUGGAAGAGCUGGGGCACACGCUGGUGACCCCAGCAAU